AUGGCUUCCGCGGACAUUGAGAAGAGCUUAACCGUCAGCAAAGACGGCCAACAAGUCGAAGAAUGGCUCGAACUAGCCAACGGCUGCAUCUGCUGCUCAGUAAAAGACUCCGGCGUCAACGCCAUCGAGGCCCUCAUGGAACGCCGCGGCGCCUUCGACUACAUCCUCCUCGAGACCACCGGCCUAGCUGAUCCAGGCAACAUCGCGCCCCUUUUCUGGGUAGAUGAAGGACUCGGAAGCACCAUCUAUCUCGACGGCAUCGUCACGCUCGUUGACGCAAAGAACAUCCUUCGAAGCCUGGACGAGACGCCUGCGCAGCCGCUUGAGCCGCACGUAGACGCUCACGGGGGCCCGGAGCUCACGACAGCGCAUCUGCAGAUCUCGCAUGCGGAUGUUGUGGUGAUCAAUAAGAGCGAUCUUGUCACUUCUGUGGAGCUUGAGGCUGUUAAGGAACGCAUACAGUCGAUCAAUGCUCUGGCAAAGGUCCAUGUGACGCAUCACAGCCAGGUACCGCAGCUGGAGGGCGUGCUGCUGGAUCUGCACGCGUACGACUCGGUCGGCGCUGCGGAGCUGGACUUUGCGGCGAAAGGGCACAGCCACCUUGAUCCGACGAUCUCAACCCUCAGCAUCCCCGUCCCCAUCCUGUCACCCGCUCAGCUCCCGGUGUUGGACGAGUGGCUCCGCUCCCUGCUCUGGGACUCUGCCCUUCUGGCGCCGCAUCUGGCGGCCGUGUGCCCAGCCCCAAGCACGAGCAGAGCAUCCUUCGAGAUGCAUCGGCUGAAAGGCCGGAUACAGCUGAGUGAUGGCUCCGUGAAGCUCCUGCAGGGUGUCCGCGAGGUCUUCGAGAUGCUUGAUGAGAAAGACGCUUCGAAGGGUGGAGAUGCGCCGAGUGGUACUGGGCUGCCGCGUCCAGAGGGCAAGAUCGUUCUGAUUGGGCGAGGCUUGGAUGCGGAGGCUUUCCGGAGCAGUGUGUAUGGGACUCUAGGCGUGCAGCCAUUGGGCUAA